AUGAUGUGCACCGGUGCCUCUCGAAGGGCUUUCACCUACGUUGAGACACGCCCAGCCGUGCCCUCCCACUUGCGGCGCACGGGUCCCCUGCUCCGCUCCGUCGUGGCGCGCGCCUCUGACGACAAUGGGGAUCGCAUUGACUAUGCAGCGCUGUGGCAGGCGCACAUCGACACAGAGUUCACGGAGAAGUCUGCCGACGCGGCGGUGGCCACCAUGGUGGAGCACGCCACGGUCAACCACAUCCCCACCCUCAUGGGCGGUGCGGGCCGGGAGCUUCUGCGUGAGUUCUACGCCAGGCACUUCAUCCCCAAGAUGCCAAACGAUGUCGUGAUCAAGCCCAUCAACCGCACAAUCGCCCCAGAGGCCCACCGGGUGAUGGAUGAAUUCCUCUUCGAGAUGCUGCCUGGUGUGGCGCCCACAGGCAAGCGUGUGAGCGUUCCCUUCGUUGUCGUGGUCGACUUUGAGGGCACAAAGCUGAAGGCUGAGCGCAUCUACUGGGACCAGGCCACAGUCCUGAAGCAGCUGGGCCUCCUGCCAGAAGGGUUGCCUGUCGCGGGCGCUGAGCAGUCGCUCAAGGCCGCCGACCCGGCGGCCGUCCCCAGCAACGGAAUGCUGCGCGCCGUCGGUGCCGUGUGA